AUGACACAGCCAGAUAUUACAGAAAUCAGGAAUUCAUUCGAUGAACAAGGUUUAGAAAAAUAUUUGUCAAAUUUAAGUAGUGCUUCUCAGACUACAUUUGGGUUGAAUAAACCUAAUUUCAAAUUACCAUUGACUAUUAAACAAUUCAAGUUUGGUCAGUCUAAUCCUACAUAUUUCAUCACUGAUGCUAACGGAUUUGAAUUUGUAUUAAGAAGAAAACCAGUUGCCAAUGAUAAGUUGGUUUCUAAAUCGGCACAUGCGAUUGAGAGGGAAUUUUUCAUGUUGAGAGGUAUUCAGGUUUGCAAUGAAUCAAGAACUAAAAAAGUGCCCGUUCCAGAUCUCUAUUUGCUAUGUGAAGACGAAUCAAUUAUUGGCUAUGUCUUUUAUCUUAUGGAGUAUGUUAAGGGAAGACAAAUCAAAAAUCCAAGCAUGCCAGGUAUGAGUGAAGCAGAAGCAAAAUUGCAUUGGGACUCAAUAAUGGAGACUAUCCUGGCAGUACAUUCCUUAGACCCUGAUACAUUGAUCAAAGAGCUUCCUGCAAAUCAUUUCCCUCAAUUUCAACCAGAAAAGAUGGCUAAGAGCAGUGGUUCAUAUUUUCAGAGACAGAUUAGAACUUUAUCUUCAGUUGCAAAUCUUCAAUCAAAAGUGGUGGAUCCGAUUCCACAUUUUGACCAUAUCUGCAAAUGGCUUUUAGAAAAUGCACCUAAUGAUCCAUCGAAGAAAUCAUUAAUUCAUGGAGACUUCAAGAUCGAUAAUGUCUUGUUUGAUGUAAACGAACCAAAAAUAGUAGCAGUUUUAGAUUGGGAAUUGUGUACUUUUGGUCAUCCAUUAUUCGAUUUAGCUAAUUUCUUACAACCUUUUCAAUUGCCCAAUCAAUUGAAUUUAUUGCUUUAUAAACCUGAUAAAACUGAUAUGGGGAUUGAGAAGCCUGGCUCUCUUGAUUCUAUUUAUGAUAAGUUGGCUAUUUAUCAAUCCAAGUUGGGCUAUAACUGGAAUGAUAAAGAACCCUCUAAUAAUGCUUCAGAUAAUUGGAAUGUAGGGUUUGUAUUCGGGUUACUUAGAUUGUGUGUAAUCUCCCAGGGUAUUGCGAUGAGAGUUGCAAAAGGAAGUGCAAGCUCAGGUGAUGCGGCAGGAUACGCUAAAUUGUAUCUUCACCUUCCUGAUUUAGCGCUUGACACUAUUGAUGGCAAGGUGCAAGACUCUAAAUUAUAG